UCGUCAGCUUACACGUACUUCCUAAAACUCCCAAGAUAAACUGCUUUUUUCCUCUCUCUCUCUCUCGGUCAUGGCACCCACACCUCGUUGAACCUAAUGAACUUCACUGGCGUGCCCCAUUCCUCCUCGGCGACUCCCCAUCGUCGGAAACCCAACCGUCCGAGCUUGGCCUUAUAUUCUCUGCGCCGCAAGGACGUACCUCCACAAACUCCUCUUUCGCAGUGGAAGUUCUUUGAUGAAGGCAAGCUUGCCUUCGUUUCUUCCGGAGGAGGGAAUUUCUGGCGAUCGAGAGUCGAGGUAUCGGCGAGAAAGCUCUCCGCUGGGCUCUGGAAAUUCUGGUUUGCCGAGGUCUCAUCUGGUACUGGCGGUUUGGUAUGUGGACCGUGUGAUGUGGUCGGGUCUCAGCUUGAAUCGACUUCGCUGAAUCACGAAUAUUCUUCAAUGGAGGGAGGAGCGAAGCGUGAUCCUAGGUGUUCAGGAGUGUCUAAUGAGGUCUACAAGUUUUAUGGCCAUACGAAGCACCCUGAUGAUCAAUCAGAUGCUUCUCGCUGUGUUGCUUCUGCUUUGCAGGCAGAACUAGUGCGUGCUCGUUCCAGAAUUCGCGAGCUUGAAGCUGAGGAGCGGUCCUCUAAGAAAAAGGUUGGGCACUUGCUGAGGAAGCUGGAGGAGGAAAGGAUUUCCUGGCAGAGCAGAGAACAGACGAGAAACCGUACGGUAGUUGAUGGUUUAAAGGAUGAAUUAGUGAGGCACAGGAAAAGUUAUCAUAUGAUGGAAAGUCUCAAUAGCAAGUUGGUCAAUGAGGUAGCCAAUGCCAAGUUAUCUGCAAAGCAAAUCGUGCAAAAGUAUGAGGAAGAGAAAAGGGUCAGAGAACUAAUGGUGGAAGUAUGUAAUGAACUAGUGAAGCUGAUUGUAGAACAUAAGGCUCAAGUAGAGGAAUUGAAGAAAGAGUCGAGGAAAAUCCGUGAGGAAGUGGAAGAAGAGAGGCAGAUGUUGAAGAUGGCUGAAAUUUUGCGUGAAGAACAAAUCCAAAUGAAGCUGGUUGAUGCAAAACUUGCUUUUGAAGAUAGGUAUAGUGAGAUGAACAAACUGAUAAAUGAUGUCCAGACUUUCCUGCGGUCCAGAGGCUCCACCCCGGAUGCAAAGCCAAAGGCAUUAAGGAAAGCCAAGUCGAUCCAACAUGCGGUAAAAUCAAUGAAUAUUCAAGACAUCAAGGAAUUUUCGAUUGUGCCCACGAAACCAGAAAACAUGUACUCGAAUCAUAGUGAUCUAAGAGAAGGUGAAGCUGAUGAGGGGGGAAUUGCAUCAUCCUCCAAAAUCCCUACCUCAAGUCCUAACAACAUCGCCUCUGUGAAUACGGAAACUGAAUGUGUCGAAACUACAGAGCAGCGAUCUGUGAAUACGGAAAUCAGAGAGAUUUGCUGGCCAUCAGCAGAGCAAUCAAAGAAGAAUGCACGCCUGAGCAAGGAUGAAUCCUCUGGCCGGAUAAUGGUAGAAGAGUGUAAUGGAAAAUUGAAAUGGGGCUGUUUCAAGUGAUGUAGCGGCACAAAGGCGCGCAGCACAAGACUCCCCCAAUCCACACAUUGCUCGUGGAAUGAAAGGGCUGCGAGCCACCCACAAACAUAAGUU